AGCCGCAGAAAUUUGAGACGAAAUUCACAGAAUAAUGUCCAAGAAUGGAGGCAUUGAAUAUUAAUAAAUCCACCCCACCCGUUUUCAACAAUCCUCCAAUCCACACCUCCCUCCUCUUCUCUCUGCAUAUGCGCUUCACUUGAUAGUUGAUACUACUAGCCUCUCAGUCCAGGCGCAUUUUAGCCAACAAUGGUGCACCCAGUGGCUGAGGCCAACGAGCAGAGCCCCUUUGGCUCGCUCUCUCCCUCCGAGUUCUACGCUCGUCACUCGGUCACUCACUCCUCCGAGUACAUCACCAACUCCAGGGGCAUGAAGCUCUUCACGCAGUCCUGGACUCCCCUCCCUCCUACUAAAAUUAUCGGUACUCUUGCCGUCGUCCACGGUUUCACCGGCGAGUCCAGCUGGUUUCUCCAGCUCACGGCGGUCCAUUUCACCAAAGCCGGUUUCGCCACCUGCGCCAUCGAUCACCAGGGCCACGGCUUCUCCGACGGCCUCGUUGCCCAUAUCCCCGACAUCAACCCUGUCGUCGAUGACUGCAUCGCCUUCUUCGACUCCUUCCGUGCCCGCCACGCGCCAUCCCUCCCCUCCUUCCUCUACUCCGAGUCCCUCGGCGGGGCCAUCGCCCUCCUCAUCACUCUCCGCCGCGGACCUAGCCGCCCCUGGGACGGCCUCGUGCUUAACGGCGCCAUGUGCGGAAUAAGCCCCAAGUUCAAACCCCCUUGGCCAUUAGAACACUUUCUGUUCCUCUUGGCCGCCGUGGUCCCCACGUGGCGCGUGGUGCCCACGCGCGGCGCCUUGCCGCAGCUGUCGUUCAAGGUGGAGUGGAAGCGGAACCUGGCCCUGGCGAGCCCGCGCCGUCCGGUGGCGAGGCCGAGAGCCGCCACAGCGCAGGAGCUUCUGAGAGUGUGCCGAGAGAUCCAAAAUAGAUACGGUGAGGUGGAGGUGCCGUUUCUAGUGGUGCACGGCGCCGAUGACGUGGUGUGCGAUCCGGCGUGCGUGGAGGAGCUGUACCGACGCGCCCCGAGUAAGGAUAAGACGCUGAAGAUCUACCCCGAUAUGAUCCACCAGUUGGUGGGUGAGCCUGAUGAGAAUGUAGAGUUGGUGUUUGGGGACAUCGUCGAGUGGCUUCGAACCAGAGCCGAACGGGCCGCUGCCGGUGGUGGAGAUGGUGGCGCGUAGGCGCCGUUCUCUUAUAAAAAUGGGAUGAUGCCAAUUAUAACAUGCCGUGUCAUAUACUAGUUUAUGCCUUUAAAAUAAGCUGUAUCCUUCAACUCUUUUUCAGUUCUGAUAAGUGAUAUAAGGGUAUCGAUCAUUGUGAGACAAAUAAUCUAUACCUACAUUUUUAAUGUUCUGGGAUGUAAACCAAUAUUUCUCAAUUCUACAUCAGAGCUGGAGGACGGUUUUCUGAAUCCUUACAUA